AUGCCUCGCGUCGCUCGCGUCGCCGCGCUGCUGCUGCUCUAUUGCGCGUCCGCCGCGGCCGGCCGGCCCGCAGUGCCACUGCUCUCUCGGCUGCGCGCUGAUCGGCAGCAGCAGCAGCAGCAGCCGCCGCUGCCGCCACGCCGGCCGGGCCCGCUCCGCCGCCCCGCCCCGCCGCAGCGGUCGCCGGCCUACCCGGUCCCGCUGCCCGCCAUCAACGGCACCGCCGGCGCGGUGGCCGCGGUCCUCAUCGCGCUCAGCUCCAACUGGGUCGUGUACGAGCGCCUGAGCUGGCUGGUGACUGCGCUCGGCCGGUGGAGCGUCGGCGCCGUCCGGACGCUCUUCGUGCGGACGCUGCACUUCCCCCCGACGGUGACGCUCGUGACGAUGCGCGGCCUCAUCGCCACCGACGACGAGAUGCGGACCGGCCUCUCCUACGCGAUGCUCGCGCCCGAAGCGGCGCCGGCCGAGGUGCGCGGCGAGAGCCUCGUCAACCUGGGCCGCUUCGAAAAGGCGCUGGACAGGGCCUUCUCCAUGCCCGGCGCGCGAGCCGUCGCUCUUCUGAUUGACUCGCCAGGAGGGUCGCCCGCGCAGUCGUCGCUCCUGCACCGCAAGCUGCUCGCGCUGCGCCGCCGCCACCCUCGCGUCAAGCUGCUCGCGUUUGACUCGGCGGCGUCGGGCGGCUACUACAUCGCCUGCGCCGCCGACGAGAUCGUCGCGGACGCAAACUCGAUCGUCGGCUCGAUCGGCGUCAUCUCGCGCGGCUUCGGCUUCGUCAAGUCGCUCAAGAAGAAGGGCGUCGAGCGGCGAGUCCACGCGGCGGGCGACUCCAAGUCGGGCGAGCGACCCCGGCCCCACACCUCCACACACCUCCACACCCACCCACCCACCCACCCACCCACCCACACACACACACACCUGAACAACCCCACACCCGGCCCAGCCCACCCCGCACCCCGCCCCGCCCCGCACCCGUAUCCCGCACCCGUGCCUCGCCUCGACCCGUACCUGCCGAUGCGCUCCGCCGACCUGGCGCGGCAGCGGCGGCUGCUCAAAGAGCUGCACGCCAACUUCAUCGGCGCGGUGCAGGCGGGGCGCAAGGGCAGGCUCAAGCGCGACGAGGCGGCGCUCCUCUGCUACAACUCGACCGAGCCGCGCCUCUUCGCCUCGCCCGGCCGGCGCACCCUCGCGAGGAUGGCACAGAGAGGGGACGGGCUCUUCGACGGGUCCGUCUACUCGGGCGCCGUCGCGCAGGCGCUCGGCCUCGUCGACGGCGUCGGCGAGAUGUCGACCGAGCUGCAGCGCCGGUACGGCCGCGCGGUGCGCGUGGUGCGCGUCGAGCCCGAGGCGCCCGUCGACUACCGCAGGCUGCUGCGCUGGUUCCUCUGAGACGCGGCGGCGGCGUCAGGGCGGCGCAGGGCGGGCGCGUGGCGCCGGGCGCGACACGCACACACUCGCGGGGAAGCGUCGAUCAUAAGCGGGUUCGGGACGCGCACCGGGCUGCACCGGGUCCUUGCAGGGGCCUUCCCUUCUUUAAAGAAAGAAAACAUCUUUU